GAUUGUGGAUUAUUGCAUCCGAAAACGAUUACAAUGGAAUACCUGCUUUGCCCGUCGAGUUUACAGGGAAGGGGAAUACUAUGAAGAAAUGAUGCGCUAUCUCCGGCGCAAUCUUGCAUUAUACCCAUACCAUCUUGCAGACUAUAUAUGCCGAGUAUUGAGGAUCUCACCAUUCAGAUAUUACUGUGACAUCCUGUUCGAAACUAUGAAGAACGUUUUGUAGAACAGGGAAAUGUAAUGAUAGGUGUGUGCCAGCCUUCACCCCCCACCCCUCAACCCCCACAAUUUUUUUUUUGGUUUUCCACCUCUUGCUUUAUCAUGGGCGUCUCAUGCACUUGGAGCAUGUCCAGCUAUCAUCACUCACUAAUGAUAGUAGAAGAAAAAUAUGGCUCUUCAGUCUUUUUGUAAAUUUCACAUACGUCCUAGUGUACAACAUGCCGGUUGCCAAUGGCUGUUGAACUCUCCUCCCCUGUCAUCCGCUCUCGGGCGCCUCCCUACAUGGAUCUCGGCUGUGCACUGGUGCUCACGGUGGUUGCGCUUGGGUUGUGCGUUCGCAACGACUUGGCUUCACUCCAUGCUCUUGGUAGCAAGCAAUAGCUCUCCCCCUCUUGUUAGCCAACAUACCUAACCUAGCAUGGCCUGGUGGACGCGGGCGGCUGCAAGAUUGUUGCUUGUGGAGCUGUGGUGCUCCUGCUGUUCAGGCUCGCGAGUGGGGCUGUGGACUAUGCUGGGCACUCGGAGCCCCGUCUGAUGGUGUCCUGGAUUAGGGGGUACUCACAACGUCGGCCUACCAUUCAUGGGUCGGGCUGAGGCCCACCGACAACCGAAGAAUGGGCCAUGACCCUCGGCAUACUCAAGAUUGAAUCUUUCGAAGACUUGGCGCACGCUUCAAGGCAUAUUCAAAUAUUCGACAUGUUUAUCUCUAGAUGCAACCGACCAUGUGUAACCCUAGGUAUCCUCGGCCCCUAUAUAAGCCGAGGGGUUUAGUCCAUAGAGGUAAGACUUUUAGACUCAUUCAUACGAUCUCGAGGUAGAUCAACCUGUACUUUAUACCCCAUCCACAGUCAAUACAAUACAAGCAGGACGUAGGGUUUUACCUCUUCGAGAGGGCUCGAACUUGGGUAAACACCGUCUCUCCUACUUCCUGUUACCAUCUAGCCGAGAUCACCAGCUCGGGACCCCUACCCGAGAUCUGCCGUAUUUAGCUCCAACAUUGCUGGCCUAUGCAGGUCCCACUGUGUGGUCACAAAGGCGCGAUGGCUCAUCUUCGGAUGACGACAACAUUGGCUGCGGGAAGACCUUCCUCGGACAACCUUUUGCCUUCGGCAGCAUUGUGCUGCACGCCGACUCAACUGGCCACCUCGGCUAGGUCGAGAAUCUCACCCCAGGCCAGACCAUCAGGUUUCGCAAUCUAGAGUAUGUCGUGACUCCCAUGGCGAGCUAACCGUUUCGGGCUGGGUGGCAGACCAGACUGGAGAUCUCACUGACGCCAUCGUCCUAGCACCAGAUUCAAUCUCGCAGCAGGGCCUCGGAACCGCCCAAACCUCAGGUCUAGCCUCUAGCUUGCAUCCGAGUACUACCCCGUCGAGUCAGACGUCAGAUCUUACCGACGCAACUGCCGAGGCUGCAUCCAGUGGCACCUCUGGCAAACUUUAGUUGAUCCCCGCCUACUUUUAGGAGAUGGGUGAGGCCGACAUCACCCUUCUGAACGAGAUGUUAGAUCGGAUUCAGGACCUUACUAUCUCAUACGAUCAUGCCUCGAUCUACGAUCAGAUCUGGGAGAAGGUUGGAGAGUUCGGAAUUUUCGGUCCACCCUCUACCCAUCUAGUCGCUACCGUCGAGGACUUAAACGAUGUUUUAGCAAGCACCUUCGAGGAGGCAGUCACCGGUGCAUGGUCGGCUACCUCCACCUAUGAUGUCUACAUGGUGGACACCCUUAAAGAUGGGGGAGGAAGCAGUAAACCACCCAAAUGCCGCUGAUGAGGCCGCCGUAAUGGUGGCACAGGCAACAACGACGCAAGUAAUGGGGGCACAAGUGGUGGUGAGAAGACCAACGGCGGCACCGCUCAUGACUGCAACAACGACCCGCAUGCCGGCGACGACCUCGGCGCGAACAAGCACAGUGACGACGCUAUCAAGGGAGACGACGUUGACCCAGCUGCCGCCGCUGCCUAUCUUCCCGAGGAGGAAGACGACAUGCCGCCGCUGCCUACCUUCAAGGAGCCUCGGCCAGAGACACUCCGCAAGCGCCUGACCAGCACGACCAAGAGCUACAAGAAAAAAUCCCAGCAACUCAGAACCGAUCAGGAUCAGCUCAAUGAUCGAUGGAUUGAGCUCCUGAGGGUUGAACAAGAACUCGAGGAUAGACAUGCCUUCGCUAAUUGGUUAUACCCCAAAAGGAACCUGCUGUCGGAGCUCGAUGGGGAGGCCGAUGGCAACGUGCUAUAAAAGCGCGACUGGGCCGAAGUGCCCGAUCGCCCUCCUCGCGGCCGAGAUUGGCCUACCGGCAGGAAUGAGGAAGUCUUCGAGACAACCGGGUGCCGAGGAGGAGUAAAUCCAACUCAGCCCCGCAAGAAAAAAAAUCUACGAGAGAGGCCACCAUUAAGGACAAAGCCUCCAUCUUGAUCAAUUUACAAAUCCAGGGAACGCCAGCCUGCUGGACAGGCGGGCUAUCUGGCUUGGCUCGCCAAGCAUGGUGAUGUACGAAACUACACGCGUGACCGACACGUUAUCGUGUCCGAUGCGCGUCAUGCUACAGCCAGGGGCCAAGGAGCUGCCCACCCUAUGUGCUUUACCGAUGAGGUUAUGUGGCACCAGUUUUCGUUAGGGUUUAAACCCAUAACAUUGAGUAGUAUGAAGGAACUACGGACCCCGCUAUGUGGAUCGAGGAUUUCCUCAUGCAUAUCCACAGGGCCUGAGGCGAUGAUCUCCACGCCAUAAAGUAGCUACCCUUGAAACUCAAGGGAUCGGCUUGGCAUUGGCUUAAUAGCCUGCCUAAAGAUUCAUCGGCAACUGGGGGGGACCUUGAGGAUGCUUACUAAGUAAAUUUCCAGGGCACUUACGCCCGACCCCUGGAUGCCGAUGACCUCGGCCAUAUCACAUAGAAGCCAGAGGAGUCGGCCAGAAAAUUCUGGAAUCGGUUCUUGACAAAGAAAAAUCAGAUAGUGGACUACAUGGCCGACAAGGCAAUCGCCGCUUUUAAGCACAACAUCCGCAAUGAAUGGCUCGCUAGAGAGCUCAGACAGGAAAAGCCUCAGUCUACGGCGGCCCUCACACUUAAUGCCUUGAUUCUGCGUAGCCGAAGACAACUGGCUAGCUCGGAAGAGUAACCGCAGUGGAGACCCAAGCACCUCCAAAGCACGCGAUGGGAACGAGAAGCCUCGGCGAAACAAGAAUAACAAGCGCCACAGAGCGUUUUGGUGUGGAAAACAGAGCGGUUGCCUCCCAUUCUCCUUUUGUCUUGAUAGUGCAUGCCUUCCUUUGCCUUUGGGGAUUACUCGCCGCGGGAAAGGCGGUACCAACGCCGCAUACGUCUUGGACCUUCGGUUGUCACGUAGUUAUCGGAUUCGCUAAAACAGCCUUUGAGUGCCGAUUCCGAUGGAUUGAUUUAGAACGGGGUUCAUAUUUGCUCAGAUCGCUAGUGAAUCAGCACCCAAUUCGUCGAACCCAAAAUGAACCAAAAAUAUGGAAUCGUUGGCUAACCUGGUGCGGGCAUGUGUGUAGCUGCUCGACCCUUCUACUGCUGGCCAGUGAAUAUGCAAUUGCGGCACAAACUUGGUGGCCGAGGAGCAGCGACCUCGACGCGGUGCAUGCAUGGUAGUGAUGCACGGCACAACGACGGUGACCAGGACGGGGUGGCGGGAGAACGACGACGACUGUCAAGACCUGGUGCGACAACGACGAAGAUAUCGAGUUUGACGGCUUGACUUCGUUCAGCAGCGCCCUGCUUUUCCGCAUCACGCCGCUUUAUAUAUAAAGCAAACACCAGAGCGAGAAAGAUACAACAGAUAAGUUCACACCACACACACACAUGUAGCACACAAACAUCGCACAACAGGGUUCUGCUGAGGUCACAACUCAACAAGCCCUAAACGAAAGAAAAAGGAAGCAGUGGCCAAGGGGGCGCCCCAAAAGGUCCAGAGCGGCACCCAAUACCCAAUCCAGAUCCGGAGGUGGUGGGGGAAGUGGAUGAGCCAAGCGGAAGGGCAACGGACGAAGAUCUGCAAUGAAGAUGUCGAUGGCGUCCCGAUCCUGCGGGUGGCUAAGCAGCCGCCAGAGCUGCAAAUAGCCACCCAUUUUGAAAAUCGCGUCAGUAGCACGUCGAAGAGGCGCACAUUGAAUCACAAGCCUAUUUCGGACCGUCCAUAGCGUCAGGGCCGGCCCUGGGGUAUGGCGGAUGGGGCGACCGCCUAGGGCCCAGGUCUGGUAGGGGGCCCAUGAUUGGUGAUGCAUGUAUAUGUAUAGCCCAGUAAAAAAAGUAGAAGGAGCAGCGUGAAUGCAUGAUGGACUUGGUGGCUGAUCGCUAGCGAGGAAAAGGUCAAGCGUCGCAUCGCUUCUCGCACAUCCAUUCAUCCGUAGGGAUCGCUACUUUCAAUCAAAGAAUAGAAAAACACAUCGCGAUCACUGCCUCAUCGUCUUUGUGUUCGUCGCUUGAGACUCAACCGUCGCUCCAGUUUCUUGCCGCUUGCCGCCGCUCAGCGCCCUGCUAGCUGCCGCCGCUACAGCCUACCGGCUGCCGGCCCUGGCUUCGCUCCCGAUUUUUGCUCUCUUGCACCGUGCCGUCGUUGACCCGUCUUGAUCUUGCCGUCCGGCCGUCCGUGAAGCUAAGAGUUCAUUGAUCACCGUCCUCUCAGUUUUUCAAAGAACAACCAUAUGAUAGUAUUCCAAACUUCACUGCUGCUGAUGCCCUAAGGCUGACUGGUAUUGGAAGAAAUGAAUUUAUUGAUAUUAUGAACAAAUGCAGAUCAAAGAAACUAAUGUGGAAGCUGAACAAAUCAAUCGCAAAAGAUUUACUGCCUACACAGCCUGUUGACUUCCCAGUCGAGCCUUGGUGGGGAGUUUGUCUGGUUAACUUUACAUUGGAAGAGUUCAAGAAACUUUCAGAAGAAGAAACAGCAACCAUAGACAAAAUCUGCAAAGAGGAAGCCAAUUCAUAUAUUCUUUUUGAUAUGAAGAUUAUAGAUGACCUCUAUAAAAGAGGGUUAGUGUACUUUGAUGUGCCUGUUUACACUGAUGACCGCUUCAAAGUUUCUAGGCUUGAAGGCUUUGUUUCUAACAAGGAUCAAUCCUAUGAAGACCCAAUCGAAGAGCUACUUUAUGCUGUAUUUGUUGUGUCAAGUGCUAAUGCUACUGUUGCUGAAUUGGCUGCAACUUUACAAGCUGACCUUUAUCAGCUGCAGGCAGCGGCAUCAUUUGCUUGCCGAUUGGGCUGGGCUGUAAAACUUGUGGAUGGUGACUCUGUAUUUAAAGACGAAGGUGAACCUCCAUCUCUCAGUAACAUUCUUAGUGAUGAUGAUGAAGGUUCAAAUGCAAGUAUCAACUCAGAAAAGUCCAAUCAACAGUUGCUUAGCAUCGAUACUAAUGGACCCAGGAGAAUAUCCGGGACAGCUCAUGUAGGUUUUGUUGUUGAUGCCAAUGUUACUUCAUACUUGAUGAUGGGUUCAUUGUCCCCAGGUCUAAAAUCUCAUGCUGUCACGCUGUAUGAAGCUGGAAAAUUAGGUGAUUCUUGCAUUGCGGAACUAUGCAGUGAUCUGGCUAGUUUAGAAGGAAAGAAAUUUGAGGGUGUGCUAGAGGAGUUUGCUAAUCAUGCAUUCAGUCUGCGGUGGUCCCUCGAGUGCUUAAAGUCCGGUGGAGUUUCUACCGAUGAUAGUACUGAUAAAGAUGGUGAAACAAAGACUCCAACAAAUUUAUUGCAUGAAAAUGUUACAGCCUAUCUGGCCAAUGCAAACAUCGAGGACAGAGCUGAGGAUGGCCUUGGUAAAGUGCCCCAGCAUAACUGCUCUACUGGUGUUUUAGAUAAUAAAGAUGAGAAUAUAUCAUCAGUGUCGAUGGGUUUACCAGAACGUGGGGAAAACAUGGUUAGAAUUGAGGCUCAGAAUGACUCAACUGGCACCAAUGUGUUGAUGAUAAAAAGGAAGUACACUGUUGAUGUCCUCCGAUGUGAGAGCCUUGCUUCACUUGCUCCAGCAACACUAGAACGGCUAUUUCUCCGUGACUAUGACAUUAUUGUGUCAAUGGUUCCUCUUCCUUCUUCAUCAGUUCUUCCUGGUCCUUCAGGCACGAUUCAUUUUGGUCCACCCUCUUAUUCUGCGAUGACACCUUGGAUGAAGCUAGUAUUGUAUACUGCAGGCCAUUCUGGACCACUAUCUGCUGUUUUCUUGAAAGGACAACGCUUCAGAUUGCUUCCUGAACCAUUAGCUGGUUGUGAAAAAGCAUUGUUAUGGUCUUGGGAUGGCUCUAUGGUUGGUGGACUAGGAGGGAAGUUUGAAGGGAAUUUGGUCAAGGGCAAUCUACUCUUACAUUGCUUGAACUCGAUGUUGAAGCAAUCUGCCGUGUUAGUGCAACCGCUUAGAAUAGAUGAUCUCAACGCAUCAGGAAGCCUUGUCACAGUAGAUAUCCCUUUACCCCUGAAGAAUGAUGAUCAUUCAAUUGCAUCUGUGGUAGCUCAAGCGAAUUUGCCAAAGGAACAGGUCUUUAAUUUGACCUCAGUACUGAAAGACCUAUCCAGUAAAUUUCAGUUGACCACGCUUGGCUACCUUCGUCUAUUAAGACUUAACAAUCUUGUCGAAUCGGAUAAGUUUCACCCAGAAAAUGCAAGUUACCAGUGGGUGCCCUUGAGUUUGGAGUUUGGAAUUCCCUUGUUCAAUCCAAACUUAUGUGAGAGGAUUUGUGAAAGGGUGGUUGCGUCUCGUAUACUUCAGAAAGAUGAUCUCACUGAACAUUAUGAUGUGAUGCAAAAUGUAAGGAGGCGUCUCAGAGAACUUUGUAGUGAAUAUCAAGCAACUGGACCAGUAGCUAAGUUAUAUAACAAGAGGGGAAGCUCAAGGGAUCUACCUCGCACUUUAAUCAAUAGUAUUAGUAGCAGAUGGGAUCCAGCAAAUGAUCCUUCAGCACCAACCAACACAAGAACCCCAAGUGAACACGAGAGGCUAAAACUUGCUGUCCGACAGAGAUGCGGCACAGAAGUUGUGGGCUUUGAUGGGAGGACUGUCAGGUCAUAUUCACUCUCUCCGGAGCAGGAAGAGGCUACCACCAAACACAUCUCUGACGAACAGUCAUCCACCCAUGAAGGAAAGCCAGAUCAAGAAGAUGCACACAGCAAGGAUGUAACCUUGCCAGGACUAAACCUUAUCUUUGACGGAGUUGAAUUACACCCCUUCGAUAUUGGUGCUUGUCUUCAAGCACGCCAACCUCUCUGGUUGAUAGCUGAGGCAUCAACAGUUUCAUCAACCCUCAUAUGAUGCGUCCAUGUGGUCAUCUCGCUUUUGCUCCAAUAUCUCCGUCUAUGCUGGUAAAUCAGAACUGAAACUGUUGCAACUAAUGCUUCUCGAAAGGCUUAUUUCAUUAAUCUCGACUCUUGAGGGAAUAUUUUGUUGUACAAAGGGUUCGGUGCCGUUUGAUGUGCCAUGUGAGGUCAGCUGAUGUCUUUCACAUGAAUGACCAAACAUUGCUCGGAGAUUGCAUUUGUCCA